AUGAACAAAUAUGGAAAUAUAACAUAUACAAUUGGAAUAUGGUCAGGAUUUGAUCAAACUGACCGUCUAGUUGCGCAAGCCAGGUCUUGGUUUCGGAGCUUUUCGGAUGUAUUAGUCUUUACAGAAAUGACACAUCCAUGGGAUUCUGAUAAGAUUAAACGAGAAGCCUUACCAUGCAAUGUCACCAUUAUAGACUUAGGCUUUGGCUACGGACGAUCUGUUCGUCGUGCUGGCUAUUUUUCAGGUAGACUCGAAGCCCAGUUUAGAUUUCUUCCUGGUAUGCAAGCCGCUUACGAAAGAUUUCCAAAUGCAAGCUUUUAUGUAUUUGGAGAUGAUGAUACUUAUUUUUUUAAACCUUCAUUGAUCAAAUUACUCAAUUCUUCAAAUCCUAAUAUAUCAAAAGCAUACGGUCGAUCAUAUUGUUCUUCAGAUAUCACUAAAUUAAUGAAACCAUCACCUAAUUACUGGAGUUGCCGCCAUUUCUUACAAGGAGGAGCAGGUGUUGUAUUUACUAACAAUCUAUUUGAAAGAAUAGGACCAAAACUUAUUAAUUGCUCAGAGAAGUUCAAUUCUCCAUAUUUUGUUGCUUCAAUGCGUUUUGCACUUUGUGCUGCUAGGUAUAUCGGCUCAGACGAAUGGGAGCAUCGUAUCGCUGAUAAUAUGCAGAAUGUUUUUCACAGCGAAAUUCCUGAUUUAGAAGUUCCGAAAUAUGGACUUUCUGAACCACCAAUUACAUUUCACAAGAUGACAAAAGCAACAUUCGAUGAAACAUUUAAAGCGCGUUAUGUCAAAUACAAAAUCAAGCGGAAAAAAUUUUUAGCGGAUUUAGGCGAGAUUACAUAUACGUCCCAAGAUAUUUAUAUGCUGAAUAACAAUUACAGGCUAAGUUAUAGACCAGGAAUGAGUAUUUAUGUUCCAUACACUGGAGAAAUGUUUAAUCGAACAUCCAAGUGGAAACCAAUAAUAGAAAACAUCAGCUUAGUAGGAGCUGAACAGAGAUACGGAAAAUUUACUGUUAGACUACUUUUUGAUGAAAAUAUAUCUUUUGGAAAAAUAAUUCCUCAUUCUAAUUAUCCGAGAAAUAAUAUAUUCAUAUAUAAAAUGCAGAAACCAGAAAUAAUACCCCUUAAUUAG